UUCUCACUAGACAGUUUACUCAUUCUCUGAUCUGAACCGGUGAGGAAACAUCUAAGGACUCUACCAAUACACGCCACCGGAAUGAAGAGUAUCGCAUUGUUUAUUCUUUUUUUGCUUCUGAGGCUCAUGGUUUGUCAAGGAGCCAACCCCUGUUGCUCUCAGCCAUGUCAGAAUCGAGGUGUUUGUACAACUCAGGGAUCUGACUCCUAUGAAUGUGACUGUACAAGCACUGGUUACUAUGGCCAAAACUGCACAACACCCGAGUUUCUCACAUGGGUAAAAGUUUCUCUGAAGCCCGCUCCCAACACUGUGCAUUACAUUCUCACCCAUUUCAAAGGCUUGUGGAAUAUUGUCAACAAAGUGUCAUUUUUGAGGAACGCCAUAAUGCGUUAUGUACUAACAUCACGAGCCCAUCUAAUCGAGAGCCCUCCUAUAUUCAAUGCUGACUAUGGUUACAAAAGCUGGGAAGCUUACUCCAAUCUCUCCUACUACACUCGCACACUGCCCCCUGUCCCGCAUGAUUGCCCAACGCCAAUGGGAGUCACAGGUAAGAAAGAGCUGCCAGAUGUGAAGCUGGUGGCUGAGAAACUGCUCCUCAGGAGAAAGUUCAUCCCGGACCCUCAACACACCAGUCUUAUGUUUGCUUUCUUCGCCCAACACUUCACACACCAGUUCUUCAAAACCGACAUGAAGAAAGGUCCAGCUUUCACAAGAGCUCUGAAUCAUGGGGUUGACUUGAGUCAUAUAUAUGGACAGGACCUUGAUCGCCAACACAAGCUGAGACUUUUCAAGGAUGGCAAGCUGAGAUAUCAGAUUGUAGAUGGUGAGGUGUAUCCUCCAACAGUCAGUGAGGUUCAAGUAGACAUGCACUACCCUCCUCAUGUACCCGAGACCCGUCGUUUUGCUGUUGGUCAUGAAGCCUUUGGACUGGUUCCUGGACUCAUGAUGUACGCCACCAUAUGGCUGCGCGAACACAACCGCGUAUGUGAUAUUCUAAAGCAAGAGCAUCCUGACUGGGAUGAUGAGAGGCUGUUUCAGACCACACGGCUCAUCCUGAUUGGUGAGACAAUCAAAAUCGUGAUUGAAGAUUAUGUCCAACACCUAAGUGGUUACCAUUUUAAGCUCAAGUUUGAUCCCGAAAUUCUUUUCAACGAGCGUUUCCAGUAUCAGAACAGGAUCUCCUCUGAGUUCAACACCCUUUACCAUUGGCACCCCCUUAUGCCUGAUGAUUUUCACAUCCAAGAUGAAGUCUACAAUUACAAACAGUUUGUCUUCAACACAUCUAUACUGACUGACCAUGGUGUCAACAGCUUGGUUGAGUCCUUCACCAAUCAGAUGGCUGGAAGGGUGGCUGGAGGGCGUAAUGUUCCACCGGCUGUUUUGAUGGUGGCCAUGAAGUCAAUUGAAGACAGCAGGAAAAUGCGCUACCAGUCUCUCAAUGCCUACAGGAAACGCUUCAACAUGAAGCCAUACAAAUCCUUUGAGGAUAUGACAGGAGAGAAGGAGAUGGCUGCUGAACUUGAAGAGAUGUAUGGGGACGUGGACGCAGUGGAGCUUUAUACUGGUCUGCUGGUUGAGAAGCCAAGGCUCAACGCCAUCUUUGGAGAGACCAUGGUGGAGAUGGGUGCCCCCUACUCCCUCAAAGGACUUAUGGGAAAUCCCAUCUGUUCACCUGAGUACUGGAAGCCGAGCACCUUUGGCGGAAAAGUGGGAUUUGAAAUUGUUAAUACUGCUUCUCUGCAGAGGCUGGUUUGCAAUAAUGUCAAAGGGCCCUGUCCCAUGGCAUCCUUCUAUGUGCCUAAUAUAAAAUAUUCAGUUCCAGCCACUAUUAAUGCAAAUAAAAAAAUGUCUGACAGAAUCGUUAAUGAGGAUUCAGUGACUGUAACUCACACAGGACCAAAGGGUGUCAUCAAUGACUGGCGCAAAUUUAAACUGGAGAGUAUGGACCAGGAAGCUCUGCCUCCUAGCAAGAGAGAGCUGCUAAGACAGAUGUCCUCCCCACAAAAACCUAAAGACAUGUCUGUGGGUGGAAUCAAUCGCAAGAUGAGCGCUCAGGAGUACGAGCUGAUAAAGGAGGAUGAUGAGAGAAGUCUGCACAAGUACCGUAAGCAGUGUAUGCAGGAGAUGCAUGAGCGCCUGAGCUUCGGGCCCAAAUUUGAGGGUGUGUACGAGCUUGACAGUGGUGAGGCCUUUCUGGAGGUGAUAGAGAAAGAGCACCGGCUCACAUUAGUGGUGGUGCACAUCUACAAAGAUGGAGUGCAAGGGUGUGAGGCACUUAACAAUUGCCUGGAUUGCUUGGCCAUUGAAUAUCCAAGUGUUAAAUUCUGCCGCAUUACUGCAACCUCCACUGGUGCUGGCGAGCGUUUCUCCGAUGAAGUGCUGCCUGCUUUGUUGGUGUACAAAGCUGGAGAGCUGCUUGGGAACUUCCUUGCUGUUAUACAGCAUUUCAAUGAGGAGUUCUUUGCUACCGAUGUAGAGGCUUUUCUCAAUGAGUAUGGACUGCUUCCAGAGAAGGAGCUUACCCCUGGAGCUGAUGAGGAUGAAGCAGAUGUGGAGUGAUGAAAGAUGGCAGAGAGUAGGAAUGGAUGAAAUGAACAUGAGAAAGGAUAAGAAUAAUUUUCAUUAUUCUUCCAGCUAACAGGCACGGAUGAGUUGCAUCAAUGUGCAUAUAGCUCAGCAUAAAAAUCUCUUUGAGCAUGGUAGAGAAAAACAAAUGUUUUGUACAGCAACAUGAAAAGGUAUUACGUUACAUCAAUUGCACGUCAAUUCCAGUUUUUCAGAUAUGAAUAAUUACACAAGAUGAUAACUACAUCAAUGAAUGUGAAAUACAACAAUGAAUUAGUGUAAUUUGGAAUACUUAUUUACUUACUGUACAUGUGUGUUUGCAUAGUGUUACAGAAUGGUCAAUGAUGGUAACAUUUGUUUUUCAGAGUGCUUCCUUUUGAAAAAACAAAAAGUAUUUAUAUACUUUAGAAACUGUUCAUGCUCAUUGUUCUGUGUACAGAAAUAUACAGUAUCCCAAGUAAUCUUUGGAACCAUUUGGGUUAUGAUUAGUCAGGUUUUCACCUAUUUCUGCUAUAGAAGUACAUGCACAAUUGUUUAGGCUGGAGUUUUCUAUAAACCAGAAGAUUAUGAUGUAAACGGUUUUAGGCAUACUUCAAUAAAUGCAAAUGGAAACUUUAAACAUUUCCCCUGCCUGUACUGUAAAUAAUAAUAAAAAAAAAAUAAAAAAAAUCUGUAGGCUUAAAACACAUGCUUCAAUUACACACAAAUUACAUGUCACUUGGAAGUCAGCAAAUUAAAGAAUCAAUUUGGAGUGUAAUAAAGUGAA